UAGCGGAUCAAUUUACAAUGGCACAGACCAGAAUACUCCUAACAGGAGCCACUGGCUUCAUUGGAGGAAUCGUGUUGCAUCAGCUACUAGACUUCGCCAAAUCGCAAUCUGCAGACCAAGCCAUCACGACCAUUGUACGCCAUCUAGUGCAAGCGGACGUCUUGGCCAGUAAAGGCGUUCAUACAAUCCUUGUCACCGGUCGAGAUGAUGCGGACGCACUGGAACAAGCGGCAAGCAGCCACGAUAUCGUGGUGAACGUCGGGUUAGGCUUUCAUGUUGCUGCGCCCAAGGUCUUCAUACAGGGUCUUGGCAAGAGGCGAGAGCACACUGGGCAGGAUGUUCAUUAUUUGCAUCUGUCCGGUACAACCUGCAUCUCUGUCCCCUCUACUACGCCGUCUCCCUUCGGGUUACGGUCAUUUUCCCAAUCAAGGCAAUGAUCUCUUCGAAUACGAGCAAAUGCGCGAGGCCCAUGAAGCCUAUGCGCAGAGAACGGCCGAGCUCACAGCCACACAGACAGGUGAACGCUUAGGAGUUAAGGCUUAUAUCAUCGUGCCGCCUCUUGUCUACGGCCGGGGUAGCGGAUGGUUCAAGAAACAGUCACACCAGAUUCCUACGCUCAUCAGGAAUGCAAUCGCAACUGGUUACGCGAUCAUCUCGAUACCGGUGAAGCACAGCUGGAUCACGUCCAUGUGGAAGAUCUCGCCCGUCUCUACGUAGCAUUGGUCGCGAGAAUCCUGUCAGGCAAAGAGAUCUCUAGUGGCCGGGAUGGCUACUACUUCGCCAAUACCGGGUCCCACAAGUGGAUCGCUGUGACGAACCGGAUAGGCAAGGCAGGGU